AUGAUAAUAUUAUUCUUGAAACUUUAACUGAUGAAGAUAUUAUACAAUCAGUACAGCCUACACAAAAUAAUAAUAAAAAAAAUGAAGAAAUAGUACCUAUUCAACCUAUUUCUUCUAUGACAGCAUUAUCAGCUUUAGAUAAUAUUUUAAGUUUUUUGACUAAUCCACCUGAUGGAUUUGCUGUUGAAUUAAAAAAUCUUAUGGAAAUUUGUUCUUUAUGA